GGAAAGUCGUUAAAUACCCACAGAGAGAGGGUUCUUUCCUCAUUGUCUCUUGUGGUGCUUCGGCUUCAGGGAGAUAAGAACUAACUUGAAACAAAGAAACCUACGAGCUGUUUUAAGGACCCGCUACUUUUUACCAUCAAACCACUUUUUUAGGAUGGCCGCCGCUGUCGAGUGCCUGCGAAAUGCCACAAGAUGUUCGGGCACAGACUGUCUUGUUCCCCCCAGUAACUUCAAUGACAUCCUGAGCCUUGUGCUUAGCGUGGUGCUCACGAUCAUGCUGGCCAUGGUGAUGUUUUCCAUGGGCUGCACGGUGGACUCUACCAAGCUGUGGGGACACAUCAGGAGGCCCUGGGGCAUCUUCAUUGGCUUCCUCUGCCAGUUUGGCAUCAUGCCCUUCACUGCCUUCGCCCUAUCCUUUGCAUUCAACGUUUUGCCUGUGCAGGCCAUAGCCAUCAUCAUCAUGGGCUGCUGCCCCGGUGGCGCCAAUUCCAAUAUCAUCUGCUACUGGCUGGAUGGAGACAUGGACCUCAGUAUAAGCAUGACGGCCUGCUCCUCCAUCUUGGCAAUGGGUAUGAUGCCCCUCUGCCUCCUCAUCUACACGUCAGUGUGGACUUCCUCAGACAGCAUCCAGAUCCCCUACGACAGCAUCGGUAUCACCCUGGUGGCUCUGCUCAUCCCUGUGACUCUGGGCAUGUACCUCAAGCACAAAAAACCUGUGCUGGCCAAAAAGAUCCUCAAGGUGGGAUCCAUCUUGGGCUUCAUUCUUAUCAUCAUCAUCGCCGUGGUGGGGGGCGUUCUUUACCAGUCGUCCUGGACCAUAUCCCCCUCGCUUUGGAUCAUCGGGACCAUCUACCCUUUCAUCGGCUGUGGCAUGGGCUUCGCCAUGGCCCGAUUUGUUGGUCAGCCCUGGUUCAGAUGUCGAACCAUCGCCCUGGAGACAGGCUUCCAGAACGCCCAGCUGUGCAGCACCAUCGUCCAGCUGUCGUUCGCACCCGAGGAACUUGAAGUCAUGUUCGCCUUCCCACUCAUCUAUAGCAUAUUCCAGCUCGUGGUCGCAGUGAUGUUCGUAGGAGGCUAUCAGGGAUACAAGAGGAUGAUUGGCCGAGGGUCUGAUAAGGAUGGCGAAGCUCCAGCGUCGUGGGAAGAUGGAGAGUCUAAGAAUACAGAAGAAAAACAAGAAUACUCUAUGAAUAAUGGCGGAUUUGAGCAUGAUGCGAAUGACAAAUCGAAUGAAGCAGCAACGGCUGUAUACACGAUGACUGACUUGUGAGACAACUCCCCCAUCCCCCCCAAACCUUUCCAAAGGACUAAAACCUCUUUCUACAGCUGUAAACAUGCAAACACUCAACAGUAGACUGAACUAAAAACAUAAAAAAAUACUGCACUCUCCUGGCCUCAUGGGCAUACUGCAGUAGUAAUGAACGCAAUCAAUUUGAUAGUUUCUAAUUACAGUGGGUGUGUAGGUGUAUUCUGUGUUACAAAAUAAGAAAGGAAGAAGGUCAGUUAGUUUAAUCUAAAAUGGGCAACUUUUUGUAUACCACGCUACCAGAGUACCUCAUAUGGAAAUUGUUGAAACAUAUCAUAACAUGGAGGGAGAAUGACACUGAGGAUUUGCUGAACAUAUGCAAAUGCUUCUAUUUUUUUCAAUAGAGAUUAUCCAAUGCAUCUAUUAUUUAUAGUACUAUCGUUAUAUAUCAAUUCACUAAUUUAUUAUUCAAUUAUAUCGGGCACUGAUGACAAAAAAGAGUGAACAGCCUUUUAUUUUACUUAUUUAGCAUUUUCUUGAUUUUUUUCCAAACCUAAGAUAGCCCUUGUUUGUUUUUAUAUUACAAGUUGUAAAAAUGUAACGAGUUCCAUAAACGAUACAUGUAUUGUUGUCAAUAAACCAUGAACAUUAAGUAAUGU